UGUGCUAUAUGUACUCUGAUUAUAUCAAAUUAUAAUUUAUCGCGGUAACUGCUUCGGUAAAGACAAUACUUAAACGAAUAUUUGUUCAGAAAGAAUUAAUUCUAUGUGAGUAUAAAAAUUCAUAUAGAAAAAUGCCACAGAACGAAUAUAUUGAGAGGCACCGUAAGCUCUAUGGUCGCCGUUUGGACUAUGAGGAAAGAAAGAGGAAGAGAGAGGCUCGUGCUCCUCACAAACGAGCAGAGCAAGCCCGUACUUUGCGUGGUUUAAAAGCUAAAAUGUUCAACAAAGAACGACGCAAUGAGAAGAUUCAAAUGAAAAAGAAGAUUAGAGCUCAUGAAGAGAAGAAAGUAAAGGUGAAGUCUGACAAGCUGCCGGAAGGAGCAUUGCCUGUAUAUCUGCUGGAUCGUGAUGUUACAAAACGCGCGAAAGUGCUAUCGAAUAUGAUAAAACAGAAACGAAAGGAGAAAGUUGGCAAGUGGGAUGUUCCAAUACCUAAAGUUAGAGCGCAAUCAGAAAGUGAAGUUUUCAAAGUAGUGAGAAGCGGGAAGACGAAACGAAAAUCAUGGAAGCGGAUGGUGACUAAAGUGACCUUUGUAGGAGAGAAUUUUACAAGGAAACCACCGAAAUUUGAAAGAUUCAUCAGACCGAUGGCAUUGAGAUUCAAAACUGCACAUGUAACUCAUCCUGAGCUCAAGGCAACUUUCUCGCUGCCGAUCAUUGGUGUUAAAAAAAAUCCGAGCUCUCCUAUGUACACACAUUUAGGUGUUAUUACCAAGGGAACUAUUAUUGAAGUAAAUAUUUCAGAAUUAGGUCUUGUAACACAAUCGGGUAAAGUUGUAUGGGGAAAAUUUGCUCAAGUUACGAAUAAUCCUGAGAAUGAUGGAUGUAUCAAUGCUGUUUUGCUUGUAUAAAUUUGUAUU